GUUAAUAACUACAAUCGAUAAUUUUUCGAUAAACUAAUAUGAAACUUAAAAGAUUACCGUAGUGAAAUGGAAAAUAAAACGAAUAACUUACUUCAGGCAACACUAUACCAGUACGAAAUCAUAAAAUCAGAGAGGAAGCAAAGAAGCAAAACAGAAAAGCCAAUAAAUAUAUACGAAAACAAAUAAAAGAAACAUAAAAAGUCGAACAACAAAAAAAUGCGGCAACAGAAUAGCGAACGAAUGGGUUGACGAACAACCGAACGCAUUGGGCACGACAGACGAUGUCAGGUUUCUCGUAUUGUAAUCAUCGUUGAAAAUUGCAGUUGGUAGUGGAAAAUUAUAUAGAUUUUUACUUGGGCAACUUGAAAAUUAACUUCAAGAAGUACAAUUUGAUGUUAAUUCUAACAUUCUAAAAAUAGAUAUAAAAUAUGAACAAAUAAGUUAAAGAAGCUACAGGCGAUUAAAAAUCAACAAAUAACAAGAAUAUAGCCAAACGUACACAGUGGUAUCAGUGCUAAGUAUUGUGAUGGUGACCGAUUGGAGAAGAACGCAGAACCUAAACACAUUGUUCAUUAAGUGAAGCACACAGAAGUGAAAGAACUAAAAACGUUCUACACAAAGACUUCGUAAUAAGACUGGUUGAAGAUUUUAUGAAAAUAUUUUCGACUCUACGCAACUAUAAAAAUAGGCAAUCACUAAGGGAGGUGUGAACAAAACGCUAAAAAAUGUGGAUACAUCCAAAGGAAAUACUUAUACCACCAGCAUUUUGGGUUGACGAAAUGCGCUCAAAAUAUUUUGUGCUACAAAAACGACGUGGACAUGGAGAAUCACGUAGCUUCACCUCACUUCUUGUCAAUACAUUAGACAGCGUUUGGGAUACAAAGCCACCACCAUAUCGCAUACUUCAUCAAACGCCCAAAUCUGAAGUAUAUUAUGAAAUCGCCAUUGGCUUAACACAAGAGGAGAUCGUUAAGGAUUGGGAAUGGCUUGCUGAAAACCUAUUCAAAGUUCUCAAUGAAAUGGAGAGUGAGGAAGAGAUCACCAACUUUACCAUAUGUAAAAUACAAUCGCUUAAUGCGCAAAAUAAUCAAGAUGAAUCGGAUGAAUCGGCCAAUUUCAAAGUAUCCGCUUCGAAAUUUCAAACACUUUUCGAAAUGCCAAAAGAAGAACGUUUGGUCAAUACAUAUGCAUGCACCUAUGUUAAAAAUAAAAUACCGAAUCAAGGUAAUCUAUACAUUUCAUUAAAUCACAUCUGUUUCUAUUCAUACAUGCUGGGAAGCGAAACAAAGCGUGUCAUUCGUUUUGCUGAAUUAGAAGACAUUAAAAGACAUGGACAAAUCAUAUAUUUGAAAACAGUUAAUAAUAUGCAUUACAAUUUUACAUUAUUAAAGGAUGUUAAGGAGGCAUAUGGUCUGAUAGAGCAACUAAAUAAAAUGGCUAUACAACAAUUGAUACAAGACCCCGACAGUCCCAUAGUCGAUCAUGAUGCAUCGGUUUUCCAGCGUUUCGGACGCAAAGCAUCAAAUAAACCAGGUCUCUUGCGUGAUUUAACGGCACGUCAGAAAUCUGAAGAGUACCGCAAUUACUUUCGUCUGCCACAGACCGAAAUUAUUGAUGGUCAAAUAAAAGCCAACAUUUGGACACCAUAUUCCAAGCGUUAUGUUGGUGGCAAUAUUUACUUGUCACGCAAUUUCUUUUGUUUCCGCAGUGACGUGAUUGAUCUUGUUAGCCUGGUCAUUCCAAUGCGUAAUAUUAAAAGUGUAGAGCAGAAGAAUGAUGGUCCACAUCGCUAUGAUAAUCAAAUUGUACUGCUUACAGCCGAGAAUGUGCACUUUGUAUUCGCACAAAUUGUCGAUCGCGAAGUGUUGGUCGAAAAAAUUAGCGAAUUACUAUCGCAAUUUCAUGUGCCUAUCAGUCGCGAACGCGCUAAGUAUGACAUAUCCUGGAGCAAGCAGUCAGCGCUAAUGAACUCAUUUAAGACUAAUUUGAGUGCCGAAAUGUUGAAGAUACAAGAGCAGAAGCUCUCACGCUGGGAGUCACAUUUUCGUGAUUUUGGUCGUGGUAUUUCCAUGUUUCGUACAACAGACGUUAUCAAUUUGAUUGUCGAGGGCAUUCCAGAUAAAUUACGCCAAGAAAUAUGGCUGUUAUUUUCCGGUGCAAUACACGAGAAGCAUAUGAAUCCGGGGCUCUAUGAAGACUUGGUCGAGAAGGCUGCUUGCAUUAAGCAAUCAUCCACACACGACGAAAUCGAUCGUGAUCUACAUCGUUCGCUGCCAGAACAUCCGGCAUUCCAGCAUGCCGACGGUAUUGGCGCUUUGCGUCGUGUCUUGCAAGCAUAUGCUUUACGCAAUCCACAAGUUGGCUAUUGUCAAGCUAUGAAUAUUGUCUCAUCGGUAUUUCUGCUAUUUUGUGAUGAGGAUAAUGCUUUUUGGUUACUUGCAAGCCUUUGCGAAAACUUACUACCCGACUACUAUAAAGAUAAAGUAGUAGGCGCACAGAUUGAUCAGAGUGUUUUGAAUGAACUCGUCGAGACCUACCUACCCGAAUUGCACAGUCAUUUGGAUCAGUUGGGUAUUAUACGCAUGAUCUCACUGUCAUGGUUUUUGACGAUUUUCAUAAGUGUCAUAUCGUAUGAGAGUGCAGUGCAUAUAAUCGACUGCUUCUUCUACGAUGGCGCCAAAAUAAUAUUUGUGAUUGCGCUCCAAAUUUUGGAAUGGAAUUGUGAGAAACUGCUUAAAUGCAACGAUGACGGCGAAGCAAUGGAAGUGCUCUCCACAUAUUUAGAGGGUAUCUACAAUCCCGAAUAUCGCCUACCGGCACAAAGUGACAAACAAAAGCCUGAAACACAGCCCAUACAGACGCUCAUCCAUGAGGCGUAUACGAAUUUCGGUGCUAAAAUCUCGCAACAGAAAAUCGAAGAAUUGCGCAAUAAACAUCGACGUCUGACAAUACGACAAUUCGAUAUUGAUAACGAGAAUACAAUUGUGAAAUUUCACACCGAUAAUAUGUACUUCGAUCGAGAAGAAUUACACCUACUGCUUAUGAUUAUACGAGAGGAAAAGUCAACGCCACGUAAAGUGUUGCAACAGAAGGCGUACUCAGCGCUGGGUGGUGAAUCGCCAAUAUUGUUGCCCACAACAACAGCAACAGGUCGUAGCGGCGGCGGUGCGGAGAAUAAUUGCAGCCGCUCUGAGUCGUACAGCGUUGAUUUCGAUACAUUCCGUGCGCUAUUCCAUGAGCUGACGCCUUGGCGCAAUUGCGUUAGCAUUGAUUUGGCGGAGAAAUUAUUUAGGCUCACUGAUAAGAAAAGUACCGGCUCAAUUGAAUUUUCACAAAUCAUAAAUGCAUUGGGUUUGGUAUGCUCACACAAAUACACGGAAAAAUUGAAACUACUGUACAUACUACAUUUACCGCCAUUGCUUUCCAAGGCGGAAAUUGAGCAGGCCAGACGUCCAAAACCGAAGGCUAAAGAAGAUGCUGAAGAGGCCAUUGAAGCUGAAGACUUCUUCGGCGAUGAUCCAUCCGAAUCAAUUGAGGCGCUCCCCUCACCUACUGAUAAUAAUUUUGACGAAGACGAUUACGCGCUCAUCGCAGCUACGAAACAUUUACAUAGCUUAGCCGGUCUCUCGCAGCCGUCAUCAUCAACGGGUAUUGCGGGCGCCAUUAACGGCGAACGCUCAUCAACAUUCUAUGUCGAUUUGCCGCGUCAACAUGGCACACCUAUGGAUGUGGCACGUUCACAAAAUGGCGCAACAGGCAGCACCUCGGAUCUGAUCGACAAUGCAUUGCGCCAUCAGGGACGUUUCGAAUCCACCGAUACUUUUUCGGAUAUAUCCGAUUUGGGUGCAGCAAAGGUGACGCCGCCGCAAUUGAAUGUGGAAACUAUUUCGAAUUUCUCACAAAUUAGCGAUUUAAUAAUGGCAACCAGAGUGGAACGUACCGAUUCAACAACGGACACCAAAAGUUUGGGUAGUCUGCGCUACUUGCUGGAUCAACCAGAUGAUGGCAAUGCGCCGAAUAAGAAUAUACCGAAUAUGAGGAAGGCAAAUUUCCAAUUCUUAUGGCGCUCACUGAUGGAGAUAAUAGGGCAACAAGACGAGGACAUGCGGAAGGCACAUGAAAACCUUUUAGAGCUGGGCAACAACAAUAUGAAGAAAGAGAUCAGUUUGGAUAGCUUUACUCAAUUGAAUUUGGGUAACGGCGAUGAGCCUGAUAGUAACGGUAAUCCGACGACACCCUCUGUCGAGUCAAAUGCGACGACGAGACUCUUCCAAGCUUACGAAGAGGAGUUGCAACAAAAUUCCAGCUCUGGUGGCACAGGCAGCAGCAACAAUAGCUCAACAGAUGUGGAUAGUUGGGAGAUAUCUAUAAAUCAAUUUAUAGCAACAGUUUUGGCAGUCACUUCGAUCGUGCAAUGUUUCUAUAUGAAAACACCGAUUAAAGAGAAUAUAGAGCGUAUGCAAAAGAACCGUCGUAAAUGUGUUAUCACAAAUUACUAAAUAGCUACAACAAAAAAGAAAACAAAAAAAAAAAAGAAAAAUACGUUCCAGUCGCGUACAGCCAUUAGAUGUAUCUAAUUGCUUUGAGAGAAUGCGAGCGCGAGUGAUAGAGCAAGUAGCAAAAAAUGAGUAUUCGUAAAUACAAAUUAUUUGAAUGUUUUCCUAAAAAUACGCAAUUCAAAUAACUGCAAUAAAAAGUAUUGGUAUUUUUUUUUCUUUUUAAAUAUCGAAUAUACAUACUUAUAUAUAUA